UAAGAAAGCAACAGUUAAAACUUUGCAAAGUUUCAUUCCGUACUGAAAAAUUAAAGUGGAAGAUGACGACUCGAAAUAAUGCACUUGCCUACGUGAGCAAAUCUCCGACCAGUUUCCCUGGCUAUAAACCAACAGCGGACCAAGCAGAAAGUAGUGACUGUGUUUGUGAGCGACCCGUCAGAACGAUUCUGUGUCGAUCAUGUGGCUACAUCUUCCCUGGGCGCCUCCGUGUCUGCUGCCCAGUCCACCAGACCACAAUCCACUUAAUGGACAUAAACUGCUGCCCUAACUGUAGGGCUGUCCACCUCAAGGAGUUCAAGAGUGCAAACGUUGGAAAGAAAAAUACCAGUAACUGAAUAAGUCUGGAUUAAAAAAAAAAAAAAACGAAUUGAAAAAAAAAGAGAGUAAAAUCCUCAUUAUGUGAGGAUGCAAAUACAGUAUGCAUCCGACAUCUACACAGUAUUCUUCUGGCAGGCUGGAUGUUUUUUUGUUUUGACUGGCUUGCCUUUCCACUGCAUGUACCUUUUUUGUUUUGAUGAUGAAUAUAUUCCAGGGAACAUGUGCAUCUUGCGAUAUAUUAAUAGACAUUCCAAAGAAAGCAGCAGAUAUACCAGGUUUGGUGCUAAUGAAACUUUUUAUUAGAGUCUAGACUCAAGACUCUAUUAAUAGAGUCUGAGACUCUAAUGCCGUAGCAACACCAUACAAAUUGUUGUGGCCGACUUUAUUAGAGAUUGAGCCUAGACUCUAAACGUUUUUUAAGCAUGGGACCCAGAGCUAUAAAAUCCUGUUUUUAUCUUAUUUUAGUUAUAGGUAUAUAGUAUAUAGUAUCCAAUAAAUAACUGUCAUAUUCUGAAUGAUGAUCAAGAUAUUUGUUUAUACACGUAUGUCAGUGUGAUUGUUUAUGCAAAUGUUUUGCGCAGUGUUUGUUGUGUUUAUGUUUGGAUUUUAUAAAUUAUACAUGUAUUAACAAACUAACACAUCAGGGCUCGAACUUAAUGAUGGCUCCGACAGCAAUUGCCAUCGUUUAGAUCUAGAUUGCCGUAGGUGUACAUUAUCUGCCAGUAUUUAACAUUUGCACAUUUGAAAUAUGUUUACAGAGAGCAAAAUAACCUUUUAGUUAUGUAUAUUUGUUGCAAAAGUCACUUUAAAAAAAAUUGCUUUAGGCAGGCUCAUAAUUGCUAUCGCUGGGCCGUUUCGCGCAUGGCAGUUAUUUUUAAAAUUGCUGUCCGACACAAAUUCUUAAGUUCGAGUCCUGAUACACACACCUUGAAUGCUGAAUGGUAUAGAGAGCAUGAAUAAGAAGAGGUACGUGGAAUAAUGAAUGUUACACAUGUAUAUCAAAAUAACUGUUCUCCGAACUAAUUAUGUGAGUGCGAAAGGGAGGAAUUCCAACUUUGUGACAAGUUUUCUUUAUUCAAAUUAUGGCACCUUUGAAGAUAUGUUUGUUUUGUUUAAUGACACCACUAGAGUACAUUGAUUUAUUAAUCAUCGACUAUUGGAAGACAAAUAUUUGGUAAUUCUGACAUGUUUUCAGAGAGGAAACCUGC